CUGUUUUCACUUCCCCCUUUGUGUGUUGAGCUCAACACUCCAAGAGAAAGAAAGAGAGAGAGAGAGAGAGAUGGCUGCAUGCCUCAUCGUUUCACAAGUGUCUUGAAGUGCUUGUGAGGCCUCUGGUAGAAUGCUGAGAGAGAGAGAGAGAGAGAGAGAGAGAGGACCUGAUGCAAAUAAAUGAGAUCUACUGGCUAAAACAUAUAUGAAAGUCCUGGAUGAUCUCUUUAAGUGAGAGAGGUUUCCUAACCCAUUUACAGUAAAUGGCCACGAAGGGUUUUCCAGUCAAGCAGUAACAUUUCACAGGGUAGUUAGAUGCAUCAUGGGAAUGGAUCAGAACUUAUCUACAGUAGUGGACCUGAACACAUCUAAUAUGACCAUGGAGUACAGCUCAGCCCGCUCAGUGGAACAGGUCCCUACAGAAUACCGCAUCGCAGGUCUGGUCUUCUACUGUGUCAUCUUCACCAUUGGCAUAGUGGUCAACGUCACCGCAUUAUGGGUAUUUGCCUUGACCACCAAGAGGAGGAACUCCGUCUCGGUCUACAUGAUCAACGUGGCCAUAGUGGAUCUCGUCUUUAUCAUCCUUCUCCCCUUCCGGAUGGUUUACUAUGGCCAGGACUACUGGCCGUUCGGAGACAUCUUCUGUCGGGUCAGCGCGGCUCUGACUGUCUUCUACCCCUGCAUGGCCCUGUGGCUCUUCGCCCUGAUCAGCACUGACCGCUACGUGGCCAUCAUCCAGCCCAAACACAGCAAGGAGCUCAAGAACAUCCCCAAAGCCCUGGUAGCAUGCAUCGGAGUGUGGAUCAUGACCCUGGGUAGCACUGUCCCCUUGCUCUUCCCAGACCACGACCCGGAUCGCUCCUCCAACUUCACCACAUGCAUCAAGAUGCGUGACAUCAUCCACCUGCGAACGGACAACCCCGUCCACUUCACACGCCUGGCCUUCUUCUUCCUGGUGCCGACCUGUAUCAUGAUUGGUUGCUAUGUGGUCAUCGUGGAUAAUCUCGUCCACGGACGAACUUCCAAGCUCAAGCCCAAGGUCAAGCAGAAGUCCAUCAGGAUCAUCAUCACACUCAUCGUCCAGGUGCUGGUGUGUUUCGUGCCCUUCCACGUUUGUUUGGUGGUUCUGUUGCUGGACGGUGGUGAUGGUUCGAACUACAGCACGUGGGGGGCCUUUACAACAUUCCUGAUGAACCUGAGUACAGUUCUGGAUAUUAUUCUUUACUACAUUGUCUCCAAGCAGUUCCAAGAUAGAGUGAUCAGUGUGAUUCUGUACAGGAACUACUUGCGUAGCGUACGGAGGAAGAGCAGACGCACACACACAGGGAGUGUGAGGUCGCUCAGUAACUUGACCAGCGCCAUGAUCUAAAGGCGGAAACCAAACUCAACUGUGCAAAAGAAGGUGACCCAGGGACUUAACAGAUGCAUACCUGGCAGACAGUGGCGGUCGGUGACAUUUAUUAUGAGGGAGGACAAUACAUUUUUUUAUGAGCCUGGCCUUAUUUCUACAGCAUAUUGGAUGAUUGUCAUUCAUAUUCCAUUCCCCCAGCUCAAUGUAACAUUGAUAGGUUUCGGCUACUACAUGAUACUCACAUUUCCCUAUCAUGAGGUUGGUACAGCCUAGUCCAUGAAUUAAGUUUACAACCACAGGUCGAGAGAAAGAUUUGAGUUAUCAAGGUGGCAGACAGUGACACAUUCAAUACUGUCUUGCACACUCUUGCCCACAUCUAGCUUAUCUAUGGUGUAAUCAUUAAUCCAACAGUUGCAAACAAAAGUUGCAGGUAUGUUUUUCCCCAUUUCGUUCCGUUUGCUUCUGUUUAAGAAAUGUUUUUCAACAGAAUUGGCAGAAGGAAUAUACCCCUGAUCACACGCAAACACAGUUCACUUCACAGCAGCCACAUACAAACAGCAUGAGCAUAACACAACACAUCAGAUGUCUGUGACCAGGCGAAAAAACCUUCCCAUGCCAAAACGUCAUAUCAUAACCGCUAACCGCUACACACAGCUACAUCGUUGUCACCAUAUUAGCUAACGUCAUAGUCAACAUAGCUACUACAACCAACAUGUUAGUAAACCCUCUACAAUCAUGCAGUAUGGUGUAAAGUCAGCAAACUUGCUUCUCCUUUAUUUUUAAAGAAAUUAAUGGGUUCAAAAUUGUUAAACUAUUGUCUUUCUUUCUCUUUGAGUCAACUACUCACCACAUAGCAUGCACUGCUAGCUGUAGCUAAUUAUUUUAGUACUAAAUUCAUUCACUGAUCCUUUGAUUAGGUGAACAACAUGUCAGUUCAUGCUGCAAGAGCUCUGAUAGGUUGGAGGCAGUCCUCUGGAAGUUCAUAAUUACUGUGUAGGUCUAUGGAAGGGGGUGAGAACCAUGAGCCUCCUAGGCUUUGUAUUGAAGUCAAUGUACCCAGAGGAGGACGGAAACUAGCUGUCCUCUGGCUACACCAUGGUGCUACCCCAGAGAGUGCUGUUGAGGCUACUAUAGACCCUUGCAUCAGCUGUCUGUGACCAGGCGAAAAAAACCUUCCCGAGCCAAAAUGUCAUAUCAUAACCGCUAACAUAACAUAACAUAACCGCUAGUGUUUUCAUAAAUUAUUUGGUGACGUGAAUAUAUUUUGUAUAUUAUUACCUAAAAAGGAUAACUUUUUAAUGUUUCCCUUAUUUUUAUUUUCAUGAAAUUUGUUGAGGAGGAUGGUCCUUCCCUUCCUCCUCUGAGGAACCUCCACUGCUGGCAGAGUGUUCUAACACUGAGUAAAGUAUACAGGUGUGUUCAGACUGGUGAUUCAGUAACUUAAUCUCGAAUUUACAUUUGAAAUGAUGGGUUGGAAGGGGGGUUAAGGGUCAUGGCGGAAGACUGGGUACAGGCCAGAUACAUAAACUCACCUGCAAAGGACUACUCUUCCCAAAAUGGAAAGUGAUAGCAGUGGAAGGGGGGUUAAGAGUCAUGGUGGGUUGGAAGAGGGGUUAAGGGUCAUGGCGAAAGACUGGGUACAGGCCAGAUAUAUAAACUCACCUGCCAAGGACUACUCUUCCCAAAAUGGAAAGUGAUAGUAUCCAAAUGACUUACACACACUUAACAUGGUGUGUCAAACCUAACUAAAUUGACCCAUAUGGUAAGGAUCUAUAUGAAUAAUGUAAUGAUUCGUAUAUGGGUACACCUGAAACAUGUCUUCUAAGAAAUAGUCCACAUUAAUACAAAGGCAUAAUAUAAGAACCAUAAUUGUUUUACUUACAUGUUGUCACAUAUACAGUGUAUGAGAGAAACACAAGAAUCAUGCAUGUUUUGUGCUUUCUUCUAAGAAGUAGGCCAUAGAUUUACUUAUAGCAUUUCAUUAAAUCCUUGUGUGUGUGUUCGCUGUGGGCUUCAUGUUCAACUCAUUAAAAAAACAGAUUUGAAUCCACA